AAAGGAAGAAAAAGGAAAACAAAUUUUCACUCCAAAAUUAGGUGGGUGCCAUCUCUCUCUUCCUCCUCUUGCUCUGUUGCCUUGUUCUUCGUCGUCUUCUCGUCUUGCCAGCAUGUAUGCAUAUACAUGUGUGUGGUGACUGACUCCAAAUAGCAGUUUGAACCCGCAAAACAGAUUCAAUUCAGUCUGGAUAAAUAGAGAUGGAGAAAUCAGGGAGCUCAAAGUUGAAUGUGGCUAUCAUCCACCCUGAUCUUGGAAUUGGAGGAGCUGAAAGAUUAAUUGUUGAUGCAGCUGUGGAGCUUGCAUCUCAUGGGCAUAAAGUUCAUGUUUUUACGUCACAUCAUGAUAAAACACGCUGUUUUGAGGAGACUUUGUCUGGGAUCUUCUCAGUUACUGUAUAUGGUUCUUUUCUCCCCCGGCAUAUUUUCUAUCGUCUUCAUGCAGUAUGUGCAUAUAUCCGUUGCAUUUUUGUUGCUGUUUGUAUGAUGCUGUUCUGGCGAUCGUUCGAUGUUAUACUUGUAGAUCAGGUAUCUGUUGUCAUUCCACUGUUGAAGUUGAAGAAAUCAACAAAGGUUGUAUUUUACUGCCAUUUUCCUGAUCUCUUGCUAGCCCAACACACUACUCUUCUUAGGAGGAUAUAUCGGAUACCUAUUGACCUUCUAGAAGAAAAAACAACUGGUAUCGCAGACCUAAUUCUUGUUAACAGCAAAUUUACUGCAUCUACAUUUGCAAGGACAUUCAAGGGGCUUAAUGCAUUCGGAAUUAGACCAGCUGUACUUUACCCUGCAGUCAAUUUGGAUCAGUUUAAGGAGCCUAAUGCUAUUAAGUUGAAUUUUCUCUCGAUCAAUCGGUUUGAAAGGAAGAAGAACAUAGAAUUAGCAAUAUCUGCCUUUGCUAUGCUUCAGAACCUUGCAUGUGAUGAACUACAAGGAGCCAUUCUGGAUGGUGCUUCAUUGACUAUUGCAGGUGGAUAUGAUAAACGCCUUAGAGAGAAUGUUGAUUAUUUGGAGGAACUUAAAGACUUAGCUCAAAGGGAAGGUAUCUCUGAUCGAGUCAACUUCAUCACGUCUUGCUCCACAUCAGAAAGAAAUGCACUUUUGUCUGAGUGUUUGUGCGUUCUUUAUACACCAAAGGAUGAGCAUUUUGGCAUUGUUCCUCUGGAAGCAAUGGCAUCCUGUAAACCAGUUAUUGCUUGCAACAGUGGUGGUCCUGUUGAGACAAUCAAGAAUGGUGUGACAGGCUUCCUUUGUGACCCCAGUCCACGAGAUUUCUCUUUGGCUAUGGCAAAACUCAUUCAGAAACCCGAGAUGGCAGAGGGAAUGGGUAGAGAAGCUCGACUUCACAUUGCUCAAUCAUUCUCCACAAAAACAUUUGGCAACCAUCUGGAUCAGUAUCUUGUUGAUGUAGCAAGGGGAAAGAAAGAAUGAAUUGAUUUAACUGAAACUUUCAAGAAUGUACUUUUUUGACACUUUUUUUUUGCCUUCAACUUUCAGGGCCAUAUGAGCAAAAAGAAUUUUUGGUUCUUUCGCGCAUACAAUUUCGAAAUUUGUUGAAACAGUGAUAUGAAAUGUAAUCUACAUGCCAGAAGUUAACUUUCUACA